UGCAUAUUAUAGGUUUAAAUAAAUAAAAUGCUUUCGAUUGCGCGAAUUUUGAAUUCGACCGAAAGCGCAGCCUCCUCUGCCAAUCCGCCAUACUUGUUUGCUCUUCUUGUGGUGUUGUUCCGCGUCCUCAAAGAUGGCGGACAACGACAUUGAUUUAUACGCGGACGAUAUUGACCAAGAUUUUGCCCAGGACGACUUCGGGAGUGAAAACGUCGAUCUCUACGACGAUGUAAUUGCCGCUCCCGCGGCCACCAACAGUACGGAAACGACGGAAACCAACCAUCAGCCCGCUACUACGGCCACCACGGAAGAGACCAAUGGAAACACUUAUUCGACUCAAGGCAACAAUAUCACUCCAAAUGUGGGGCGAAGGCACCAAUUGUAUGUCGGGAAUUUGACUUGGUGGACCACUGAUCAAGACAUCGCCAAUGCAGUCCACGACAUCGGCGUCAAUGACUUCCACGAAGUUAAAUUCUUCGAGCACAGAGCCAAUGGCCAGUCGAAGGGCUUCUGCGUCAUUUCUCUGGGCUCUGAAACCAGCAUGAGACUCUGCAUGGACCACCUCCCCAAGAAGGAGAUCAAUGGCCAAAAUCCCGUUGUCACACUCCCAACCAAACAAGCCCUCAGCAAUUUCGAAAGUCAGUCCAAAACCCGGCCUUCUCCCUCAAAUAAUUCCAGUAAUCGCAACCAACAUCCUAGCCACGCUAACAAUUCCAUUCCUCCAGGUCCCCAUCAAAAUUACGGUGGUAGAAUGCCCAUGAACAACCAAAUGCGCGGCCCCAUGCCGCCAGGCAUGGCCGGCCCGGGAGUCCCCCGAAUGCAAGGCCCCGUUGGCUACAACGGCCCCCCUCAAAUGAACCAAGGACAGCCUCCACGGUUCCAAGGACAACCGCAAUGGAACGGCCCCAGACCCAACGGACCUGGCCCGAACAUGGGACCAAUGCGGCCCGGACCGCCCCCACAGGGCCCUCCACGACCACCAAUGUUCCAGGGCCCCCCACAGGGACAGAUGCCCCCACGCGGAAUGCCCAACCAGGGCCCUCCUCCAGGCCCCAUGCGUCCUGACUGGAGCCGCCCCCCGAUGCAGCAAGGCUUCCCCCAGGGACCGCCUCACAUGCAGGGCCCCAACAUGGGUCCGCGAGGACCACCUCCGAUGGGAGGCCCUCCGCCACAAGGCCCGCCCCAGGGGCCGCCGGCACCCCACGUAAACCCCGCAUUUUUCCAGCAAGGCGGUCCUCCACCCCAGAUGCAACAUCCAAUGCAGGCCGGACCUAUGCCACCGCAGGGGCCACCACAAGGCCCGCCGCAUGGACCUCCACAUGGCCCCCCGAUGGGGCCUAAUAGUGUACCGCCGCAUGGUCCGCCCCACGGUUAUGGACCGCCUACGAGCAUGCCGCAGCCACCGUAUGGAGGCCCGCCUCCGGAUCACCGCAACGAUAUGCCCCCAAUAAGCGAACAAGAGUUUGAGGAUAUUAUGUCAAGAAAUCGGACGGUUUCGUCGUCGGCUAUCGCUCGAGCGGUUUCGGAUGCUGCCGCCGGCGAAUACGCUAGCGCAAUAGAGACAUUGGUCACGGCUAUAUCUCUCAUCAAACAAUCGAAAGUCGCGAAUGAUGACAGGUGUAAGAUUUUGAUUAGCUCGUUACAGGAUACUCUACGAGGUGUGGAGGAUAAGAGUUACAGUUCGGGAAGAAGAGAUCGGUCAAGAUCGAGAGAUAGAGCACACAGGAGAGGUCGUAGGGAACGAUCGUCUUCAAGAUAUCGCGAAAGAAGCCGUGAAAGAGACAGAGAUCGUGACAGGGACCGCGAUAGAGAUAGAUACUAUGCGGAUAGUUACAGGGAGCGGGAGCGGGAUAGAUCCCGGAGUAGAGGAGACCGGGAACGGGAACGCGAAUACAGAGACAGAGAAGCAGAUGAUGCGUCCCGUGUGUCCCGGUCCAGGAACAAGUCGCCUCCUGACGCAGUGGAUCCCUCAGGAGAGCCGACAUCGAAAUCUCGUUAUUACGAAGAUAGAUAUCGUGAAAGGGAGGGACGUCGUGAAAGUGAACGGGAACGUGAAAGAGAUCGUCGAGACGAAUCUCAUCGUUCUCGGCAUUAACAAUUUUUUAGGCCGCAUUCGUAAUAUGUUGUACCAUACAUGUCAUGCAUGUAAUGAAAAAAAUAUACUUAUAUAGUGUUAGGUCAAACUAGUACACAUCUCUGAAUUUCAUUAUGUAAUCGAAAUGUUUAUUUUGUUUGUAAUAUCUAAACCUAUUCUACAGAAGAAGAGUGAAGAAGACGCUUAAUCUGAAGAAGAUUGUAUGUUUUAGAUAAAAAAUAUGGUUUAGACUGAGAA